AUGCCACUCAAGCAGCUACCGUCAGACUUCCCCAUCCACACCUUCUCAUCCGCCAAGGAUUUCGAAGCUUUCCUCGACCGAGAACAUACAACGGCCCCGGGAUGCUAUAUCAAGCUUGCAAAGAAGGCUUCAGGCGUCCCUUCCAUCACUGCACCGGAAGCAGUAGAGGUUUGCUUAUGCUUCGGCUGGAUCGAUGGUGGAGGCGGGGGUAGCAUCGAUGAGACGUGGUGGUUGACGCGGUACACUCCACGCCGAGCGAAGAGCAUGUGGUCUAAGAAGAAUACAGAGACCGUGGCACGGCUGGUUCAAGAAGGCAGGAUGCGACCGGCAGGCAUGGCUGCGGUGGAGGCAGCAAAGGCGGAUGGUCGUUGGGAUAGAGCAUACGAUGGACCAGCCUCCAUCACCGUUCCCGAUGACCUCGCUGCAGCACUAAAGGCUACGCCCACGGCAUCAGUUCUUUUCACCAGCUUGAACAAGUCAGAGCGGUAUGCGGUGCUCCACCGCGUGCAGACAGCGUCGUCAAAAGCCAGGGCUACUCGAAUCGAAGCACUUGUACAGAUGCUGGCCGCUGGGAAGGUCCCGGGGAGAGCACAGCUCGAAGCCGUGCCCGGAAAGGACGCUGGCGUGCGUAAGACGUCCAGGGAGAGUAAGAAGACCGCAGCUCAAGUGAAAUCGAAGAGCACGAACAAGACUGCUGCAAGACCAACCUCGAGUGUCAGAGACGUGCCAAGCAAGGAUCUCACCGCAAGACCAGCAGGCGCAGAGCCUCGGCGUCCUGGCCUGCGCCCAAGACGCUGA